AUGGAGGAAAAGAGUUAUAGCGCGGGUUCGCCCGUGAAGUUUCUUUCAGGGCUCCCUGACAUCGAGUACCCCUCGCCCAUCAGCGUGCGCAACACCUUCCUCACCACCGAGCCGGACAGGCCGCCCUCCAUCGACGAGUUCUACCAGGAGCGCGGCUUCCGCUCGGCGCCGGGCAGUGCCUUUGGCAUGCCGCCGGGCCUCGAGGAGGAUGAGUCGAAAGCUUCACAGAAAGGGCCCUCGCAGCCUGGCUCCAUGCUGCCAAUGCCAUCCAAUUGGCCACGGACCAUGAGCGGGGAGAACUUGGAGGACUUUCUGAGCGCCGUGGGCCUCGCAGAAGUCACCGACGUGGCCGGGCACUCGCCCUCCUUCGCGCAGAUGCCCCCGCCCCCGCCCAGCCAAAAGGCGCCCACCUUCGGGCCCGGGCCGGAAGGCCCGGCCUUCGGGCCGCCGCCUGGACGGGAGGCAGCGGAGGUGCCUGUGCCGGUGAAGCUGGCGCAGGUACUGCAGGACUUGGAGCCGGAGCUGGGAACGCCUGAGGCGCCCACGGAAGGCUCCAGGAACCACCGCCUCGGCACCUGCCGACCCUGCGCCUUCUUUCACACCAAGGGCUGCGCCAGCGGCACCAGCUGCGAGUUCUGCCACCUGUGCGACGCCGGGGAGAAGAAGCGCCGGGCGCGCCAGCGUGCGAUGCUGCGGAAGGGCGCUGAGGAGCAAAAGAGUCCCCUGGCAGUUGGCCUGGUACAAUUCCAGGGCUACGGGCCGCAGUACGUCUUGCCGGGCAUGUGGGGAUGA